GGCCGGGCGGGGGGAGCAGCGGAGCCGCCCCGGGCGGAGCGGGCGCGGGCGCGGGGGGCCCAUGGGGCCGGUGCGGCCGUGAGGGCUCGGCUCGGCUCGGCUCGGCCCGGCGGGGGCAGCCCCGCGGAGCCAUGGACGGACACGCGGCUCCGGGCGCGGGCGGCGAGGAGCCGCUGAGCUCCGGCAGGAUGAACGCGAAGCGCGGCGGGCGCGCCGCGGAAGAGGAGAGCCGGAACAAGCCCAAGCUGAAUAUUCAAAUAAAAACUUUGGCAGAUGAUGUGCGUGACAGAAUCACAAGCUUCAGGAAAUCGGCUGUGAAGAAAGAGAAGCCUCUCAUUCAGCAUCCCAUUGACUCUCAGCCCUCCAUUAGUGAGAUCCCACAUGCCCAGGCACUGGUUGAUGAGCGCUGCAUGAACUUAUCAGAGAAGGAAGUUAUGGAUCUCUUUGAGAAAAUGAUGGAGGACAUGAACCUGAAUGAGGAGCGGAAAGCUCCUUUACGAGACAAGGACCUGAGCACCAAACGUGAGAUGGUUGUCCAGUACAUUUCUGCAACUGCCAAAUCCAUAGUCGGAAGUAAAGUUCCGGGGGGACUGAAGAACAGCAAGCACGAGUGUACCCUGUCCUCACAAGAAUACAUCCAUGAGCUGCGCUCUGGAAUUUCAGAUGAAAAGCUUCUUAAUUGCCUGGAGUCUUUGAGAGUGUCUCUAACCAGCAACCCAGUCAGCUGGGUUAACAAUUUUGGACAUGAAGGUCUUGGGCUCCUGCUGGAUGCAUUGGAAAAGCUUCUGGACAAGAAACAGCAAGAAAGUAUUGAUAAGAAGAAUCAACAUAAACUUAUCCAGUGCCUCAAAGCUUUUAUGAACAAUAAAUAUGGUUUGCAAAGGAUUCUAGGAGAUGAAAGGAGCCUCUUGCUGUUGUCACGAGCAAUUGAUCCAAAGCAACCACACAUGAUGACUGAGACAGUGAAAAUCCUUUCUGCUAUCUGCAUUGUUGGAGAGGAAAACAUCCUGGACAAGCUUUUAGGUGCUAUAACCACUGCUGCUGAGAGGCACAGCAGGGAGGAGCGCUUCUCCCAGAUUGUGGAGGGCCUGGAGAACCACGAGUUCAUCCAGCUGCAGGUGGCAUGUAUGCAGCUCAUCAACGCCCUUGUUACAUCUCCUGAAGAUCUUGACUUCAGGAUACACUUGAGAAAUGAGUUUUUACGUUGUGGCCUGAAGAAAAUAUUGCCUGCCUUGAAAGAUAAGGAAAAUGAAGAGCUUGAUAUUCAGCUGAGGGUGUUUGAUGAGAACAAAGAUGAAGACCACUUUGAACUGUCACAUCGCCUCAAUGACAUCAAAGCUGAAAUGGAUGACGUGAGCGAAGUGUUUCAUCUACUGUACAAUAUGGUGAAAGAUACUUCUUCUGAAAAUUACUUCUUGUCCAUUCUCCAACAUUUCCUCCUGAUCAGGAACGAUUACUAUGUCCGACCUCAGUAUUACAAGAUCAUAGAAGAAUGUGUGUCUCAGAUAGUGCUGCACUGCAGUGGCAUGGACCCGGAUUUCAAAUACAGAGGAAGGAUGGACAUCAAUUUUACACAGCUUGUUGAUGCGUGUGUGGACAAGGCUAAAGUAGAAGAGAGUGAAAAGAAAGCAGCAGAAUUUUCCAGGAAGUUUGAUGAGGAGUUCACAGCUCGACAAGAGGCACAAGCAGAGCUGCAGAAACGAGAGGAGAAAAUCAAAGAACUCGAAUCAGAAGUCAAACAGCUGCGGACCCAGGUCCUGACAGAAGUCCCAUCAAUACCUCCAGCCCUCCCGAGUGAGAACGUCCCACCAUCUCCAGCGCCUUCACUCCCUGGUGGAGUAACAAUUCCUCCUCCUCCUCCCCUCCCUGGUAUAGGAGGCAUCCCUCCUCCUCCUCCCCUGCCUGGUGGAGUAACAAUUCCUCCACCUCCUCCCCUGCCUGGUGGGGUAACAAUUCCUCCGCCACCUCCCCUGCCUGGUGGGGCAACAAUUCCUCCACCACCUCCCUUGCCAGGUGGAAUAGCAAUUCCUCCCCCUCCUCCAUUACCUGGUUCAUCCCUUCCUCCACCUCCUCCUCCUCUGCCCGGUGCAACCAUCCCACCACCCCCUCCUCUGCCCGGUGUGCCCCCACCACCUCCUCUGCCCGGGGGAACAGGGCCUCCUCCUCCUCCUCCUCUGCCCGGGGGAGCAGGGCCUCCUCCUCCUCCUCCUCUGCCUGGGGGAGCAGUCCCUCCCCCGCCGCCUUUUGGGGGGCCCCCGAUGCCACCCCCUCUGGGAGGGGCUCCCUUUGCUCCCUUCCCGGCGGUGCCAGCACUGCCUCACGGGAUGAAGGAGAAGAAGAAGUACAAGCUGGAAGUCUCAAUGAAGAGAAUCAACUGGUCCAAGAUCGAGCCUCAAGAAAUAGGAGAAAACAGCUUUUGGGUAAAAGCUGAAGAAGAUAAAUUUGAAGACCCGGAGCUGUUUGCAAAAUUGGCACUUACCUUUGGAACCCAAAUGAAAGCCAAAAAGCCUGUAGAAGAAUCAGAAGAAAAGAAAGCAGCUCAGUCAAAGAAGAAGAUCAAAGAAUUAAGAGUUUUGGAUGGAAAAUCUGCACAAAAUUUAUCAAUAUUUUUGGGUUCCUUCCGUUUGCCUUAUGAAGAAAUAAAAAAUAUCAUUUUAGAGGUUGAUGAGGAGAAGCUGAGUGAAUCCUUGAUUCAGAACCUGGUGAAGAAUCUUCCUGAGCAGAAAGAACUCAAUGCCUUAGCUGAAUUGAAAGAUGAAUACAAUGAUCUUGCCGAGCCAGAGCAAUUUGGAGUUGUGAUGAGCUCGGUGAAGAUGCUGCGCGCGCGGCUCAACGGGAUCCUGUUCCGGCUGAUGUUCGAGGAGCACGUCAACAACAUCAAACCCGACAUCAUGGCAGUGACCCUGGCCUGCGAGGAGCUCAAGAAGAGCGAGAGCUUCAGCAAGCUCCUGGAGCUGGUGCUGUUCCUGGGCAACUACAUGAACUCUGGCUCCAGGAACGCUCAGUCUCUGGGCUUCAACAUCAGCUUCCUCUGCAAGAUUCGAGAUACGAAAUCAUCAGAUCAGAAAACCACCCUGUUGCAUUUCCUGGCAGAAAUCUGUGAGGAGAAUUACAGGGACAUCUUAAAAUUCCCCGAUGAGCUGCAGCACGUUGAGAGUGCAAGCAAAGUUUCAGCCCAGACUCUGAAGAGCAACCUGGAUUCCAUGAACCAGCAGAUCCAGCGCCUGGAGAAGGACAUUGAGAACUUCCCAAAAACCCAGGACGAGCACGAUAAGUUUGUAGAGAAGAUGAGCAGCUUUGCUGAGAGUGCCCGAGAACAAUAUGAAAAACUGUCCAACAUGCACAACAACAUGACAAAGUUGUAUGAAAAUCUGGGAGAAUACUUCACCUUUGAUCCCAAAGUAAUAAGCAUAGAAGAAUUCUUUGGUGAUCUGAGCAACUUCAGGACUCUGUUCUUGGAGGCGUUAAAGGAAAACAACAAAAGAAGAGAAUUGGAGGAGAAGACCAAGAGGGCCAAGCUGGCCAAGGAGAAGGCAGAGCGCGAGAGGCUGGAGAGACAGAAGAAGAAGCAGCAGUUGAUUGAUAUGAACAAAGAGGGUGACGAGACGGGGGUGAUGGACAGCCUGCUGGAGGCCCUGCAGUCGGGAGCAGCUUUCAGGGACCGCAGGAAACGAACGCCGCGAGCGCAAGGUGGUGCCAUGAGGAGUAUUAGCUUCCUAACAAAUCAGAUUUGAGUGUCCUGCUGAUCAUCAUUUCCAAGCGCUGCUCUUGGGCCUGUUCUGCUCUGGUAGGAACUUCCAGUGCUUGGAGUCUUCAAAGUAAAAAUACAUUAAGAUAGCUUUGUUUUCCUGAGGAAGACAAUGGCAUUGGUCUCAACUGUGUCCACUUCACUGAGCAAUUGUUUCUUCCUGCAAAGCUGAUUUUGAGACAAUUUGAGAAGUUGAUCAGUGGCAGCGUUUCCUUUGUUCUCUUCUCUGCUUAUGAUAUUCCAGUGGCACGCACUUGGUGAAAUGCAUUUACUCUGCUUUCACUUUUCAUCAAAGCUCAUGGUAACUGUGUUUUGCAAUUUUUCAUUUCAAACAGGUCUUAUAGUAAAAAAUACACUCUUAAAAAUGUACAGUUGAAGUUAUUUGGCAUAAAAUCAAAAGCUUGGUUUGGAUAUGUUUGGCAAAUGAGAGUCAUAAAUAAGCCAUGUUAAUCCACCUGAUCCUCAGUGAGCUGGUUCAUGUUGGCUGAUGAUUUUUUUUUAGGGGAACAGAAGAGUAAAGGCAAAUUCUAUUACCCUCUUUAGUAGCAAAGGUAGUGCAUAAUUAUUUUUAAUUUGCCAUAUGCAUGUUCUUAUGGAAAAAAACCAAAGAAGUGACUUGAUUUGUUCAUACUGCGAAGUCAAUUCCCCUCCAGUUCCAGGAUCAUUCUUAAUUCAGGGCUUGUUUCUGCUCUCAGAUCAGACGUGAAAGAACUCCUCGAUCAAAAUUUGGUUUUUUCCCCUCUCUUGAGAAGUAUCAUUUUGAGAGAUGGUUUCUCUGUAUUGUGACUUGAGGAGACAUUUGUCACCGAGCGGUGACAAAGCAAAGCUUGCCAGGGACCAGGGGAGAUUGCACAAAAUCUGCUGCAGCUGAGAAAGCAGAAGAUGAUUGAACCUGGGGCAAAACCAGGGAUUCCUCAGCAAAAACAGGGGACAGAGCUAACUGAAAAUCCCUUUGACUGAUCUUCUGCUUUAUGUAGUUACUUUGACUUCUGGGUUUGGAAUGUCAUUGAGUCAGGUGAUAUUCCAGUGGGGCCUGGCUUUUAAAUUUAAGGAGAUUGACUUUGGAGAACUCACUGUGAGAAAAGGACUGGGUCCUCCGGUUCCAAACUCCGGCCAAAUGGAAGGGUUCUGGAAGAGAAGAAGGCCAGAAAGUAAGAUUUGCAGGGGCAGCUAAGAAUUGAGAAUAGAAUGCAAUAAAUGUUAUUCCUGGUCAAAUAUCUCACUGAAACCUUCAUGUAAAUUUUCUCAUGUGGUUUAGAAACGUACAUGACAUUUUGUGAGUAACUUGUGAGUAACCAAAAGGUGCCUAAAAAAGUGGCUGUGACAUUUCUGAGCAGUGAACUGAAGCCUGAAAAUCCUGGGACCACAUUUAGAACCUUCCACAUCUCUCCUUCAAAAAAGGAGCAAUGACAGUUCCCUCUGUCCUGCAGAGUUCCAUCCAGUGAGAUUGGGAUAAACAAUUAAUUCCAUGCCUCCUCUGGUUCAGUGGAAGGAUAAAAAAAAAGGAAAUGAAAGGCCUGGAAAGAAGAGCUUGCUGGGUUGUGAUUGGCAAGUGGAAUAAUUCUGUCUGUGGGCAGGAACAGUGCAGGGGUUUUCUGAGCAUUGUUAGAGCUGAACUCCUCUGGAGUCAGCCUGGGUUUGGGACACUCGUGGGGAAAAAUAAAUAAAAUUUUAAAAAAGUUGUUAUUUCCAAAGUUAGACUUGCCCAGCAAAGCUUUGGGUUUGAACUUGUCCUGGGUACACGUUAUGGUCUGAGAGGAAAAUCCAUCAAUAGUUUUCUGCCUGUUUGGACACAGAUCUCGUUUCUCUGUGUCAGUUGUGGUUGUAGUUGAGCAAGGAGAAGAAACAACUUCUGCUUGCUUACCUUUUGUAGUUUUGCUAAUUCCUUUGGUAACAGGUGGCCCCUACAGAAAGGCAAAAGCUCCCUGUCCAAACCCCUAAAAACCACCAAGGGAAAUGCCCCAAACCAUCAGCAGUACAGUCGGUUCUCUGUGUGUGCUCCAGAUCUGUCCUUUUCCAAAGCUGCUUCCUCUGUUUGCAUCUUCUCAUGGUGAAAAUUAGAACUGGAGAGGUUUCACAGCCUCACAGUGGCCACCGUCAGAAGAUCAUGGAAAUUGAGCUUUUGUUGUGUUUUCUUCCAGUGGUUUCAUGAAGGAAAUUUAACUCAGAAGGAACAAACUGUAGUUUCACUUCUAGUGGAAUUUUGGUCAGUUUGGCACCCCACAACUUUAAAAUAAAAAAAAAAAAAAAAAAAAGCCAAAAAACCCCUGUGUGUGUUCCCUGUGGCUUUAGGUGAGUGGGCUGGACCUGGGAGGGAUUAAUUAAUUUGGAUAAUGGAGCUCCAAUUACUACAGGCUUACAACCAGCCCAAAGGAGUGUCAUUCCACCCCUUCAAUUUGCCUUUUUUACAGGGGUUGCUGCUGUACCUCGUAGAAUAUUUGUGCUUACAUGGCCAUGCCUUUAAAAUAAUUUCUUUUAAAGUAAUUUCCAGUCAGAUUCAUACUGGGUAAGAGGUGCAGAAGGGAAGAGAGGGACUGCUCAACGUUGAAGUACUCCUGCUGGGGGAAAAUCAAAUGGUGAAAUGUACAGACAGGUUCAGAAAAAUAAAACCCAUUUCAAAUAUGCUUCACUGCAUUAUGUUUGUUUGCUAAGCCUGGAAAUGAAAAGCUGCACUUUAAUGGGUUGCAUUACAGCCCCAGAGUUUUCCAGUAAAAAUGGUUUUGUUAGCAGGUCAUGGAAGUAAUAAUAAUAAAUUCCUGCCCCCCUCCUCUAGUUUUACAUUUCACUCCUUUGUGUUUUUCUCCUGCAGACGUCUCAAUGUGCAAAAACAUUGUGUGGCUCCUCUCUCCUGAGCUCAGCACUCCAUUGUUUCUAGCCACUGGAUUUUAGGGAGAGAGAUUGUCCUCUCAGUGCAUUGCUGUGCUUAGAGAGCCUGCAAAAUAAUAAUUAGAAAUCAGCUACUAGAAAUGUUGGUUCCUCUUCCAAAAAUACACUUUGCAUUUUGCAAGUUUGCCAAUAUUGGGAUAAUAAAGACCAGUUUUAGGUGGCAUUUAUCACAGGGUGCCAUUAAAAUCUGCAUCCAGCUCUGCUGCUACACAAUAAUCCCUGCCCUUUUUCCUGGCCCUGGGCUGUGAAAUUAUUAAAAGAAGACCAAUUCAGGAAUAAUUUCUUCUCUAAAUUAGCUUAAGCAAAUUUCUGCACAGAGCUAACUAUUCCGCUAAGGUUCUUUUUAUUAAGUUUCUAAGUUUUUUGGCAUGGAAUUUAAUUUCUUUUAGGAAUGUUAAUAACCAUAUAUGCAAGCUCUGGCAGCCUCCCUGGUGCCCUGGACCCUUUUUUCUGGGGCUCUCCCUGCUGGGGAUGCAGUGCUGCAAGGGACAUGCGGGAAGGUUCUCCUGCUUUAGAUCUCAGUGUGUUUCUUGGGGAUUCCUCUGCCCUCUUAGCACACAUUUUGGAUCAGUUUUUAAUUCCUGCAUCAAAAUCAGCUCAGUUGCUGCCCUGUCAUUAUUUCCAUGCUAAGAGCACACCUUGAGAGGAGAUCCUGAACCUCCCUGGUUCAGUGUCAGCAUCUGGUUUGUGUCUUUGGUGGGAGCCAUCUGAGGGGCUUCCACUCCUUGUUUAACCCUGGCAAGAGAAGCAGGAGUUGUGGUAAUAGUGUUUUCCUAUUUUUUUAAUGAUUUUUGGUAAUUUUCCUAUGGCAUUCAGACAUUUUAAUUUAAAAUAUGGGUUUGUUUAAGUAGGUGGAUAUUUUUCAUUGCAUCAGAAAUGUAAUAAAAGGUUAUUGUUUUAGGAAUCUUAUGUCUUCUGCUUGGAGAUAGCAGCUGUGCCUAAAGACUCACUUUUGCUUGUCUACCUUGCUAAAGUAAUUUUACCUUUGCACUGAUUGUAUUAAAUAAAAUCUGGAGGGUUAGUUGGGUUUCUGGGUGCACAGUCCUCAUUUACCUCAACCACAUUCAAAUAAAAACCUUCAGUCAAAGCAAAUUUGCUUUCCUGAAAGCAUUGUCACAUCACUCUGGAUGUGACAGUUGUCUAAAUAAGCUGGGUUUUGAUAUGCUUGCAUCUGUGAAUUGGUGAGAAUAUCAUAAAUGUUCAAAUGCAGGGAGGUGGGAGGUGCACUGAGCUUGUGCUCAAUAAAAUCUGUUCAGAGGAACAGAUCCUUAACAUUAAAUACCUGUUAUCAAGGUGGAAAUAUCCAUUAUGUGCCACGGAAAUUUAGUCCUGUGUUUAAAAAUCAGUUUGGAUUUUAGACUUAUUCAUCUUUUCAAACAUUUCAGCUUCCAGGAGCUGAGUAAAGGCAUGUUUGCCAUGCAGUUUGUAAUGGAGGAUUUUUGCUGACAGUCAGGUGUUGUGGACUAAUGGGACUCACACAGGAUCCAAGUGCUUCAAAAUUACCACAUCUGUAAUAGCAAGAGCUGAACAAGAUCACCAAUAAGAAAUUCACUCAUUUUGCUCUCAUGGCACUAUUGUAGAUUUAAGCUUGCCUUUUAUUUCUAAAUAUAAAUAUGGGCACCAUUCAGAUGGAAUCUCAGCAAGUUACCUGAGUCCUGAGAGCUCCAUAAACAGUCCCAAAGCUGUUUAAAAAUAGGUAUUUGUGGUAUAAUCUAUUUUUACUGUGUCUGCAUUUUGUCUUAUGGCUUUUGUAAUUAAAGGAGUAGUUGGACAAUACAUUUUUCCUGUGGCCUGGCCUGAAAGGAACAGCUUUGGUACGGGGAGAUUUUACUUGACAGGAGGGGUGUCUCUGCCUGUGACAGGGUGUUGAAAUAGAUGAUUUUUAAAGUCCCUUGCAGCCCAAAGCUGAAUUCUGUGUUUUCUGAGGAAUUCUCCUUACAAGCAGGAUGGAGGAGAAGUGGACACAAAGGGACUAAAGGGGCUCCAGCCUGCUCAGAGUGGAUGCUCCAGGUUUUCAGGUGGACACCACAUUCCCUGGAGCAGGCAAGGAGUGAAGAGGCUCCAGAAACACCUCAGGACCACUGGCUGGCUGGACAGAAAGACACAAAUUCAGGAAUUCUGUACAUUUGCAUAAUUGCUUUCACCUCUGUGGGUGCGUUGCCCUUCUCUGAAGCAGUGCUGGAGAUUGAUUUGUUGUCUUUAAAAUUGAUUUUCUGUUCCUGGUACGCAGGGAUUGUUCACGUGUUGACCUGGAGCGCGUCAGGUGUUUAUAAAUGUUUGGGGAGCUCCACAGACACAGAGAAAUGGGAUUGUGAGCUCUGGACUUUGGAUCCAUGGCUGCUGCUUUCUCCAAACCCAAGUUGUUAUUUGCCAUUUGAUGUAUUCUUAUUUCCCAGUACAAGAGUUUUUCCUGAGCAAACGAAAACGUGCCAUCAAGUGGCAAAGCCACGUGCACGUUCUGCUAAAUGUCCUUCAGAAAGUUACUGUGCUAUGUAAUUGUAACUAAUUACCUCAGUUUGUUGUUCAUCUAAAGCAUUUAAUUACUUGCCCAGGCUAAGGAGAGUUCUGUACCCCUUGCUUUUAUUAGAGUGCUUCAGAGUGCAUUCAGUGCACUGGGAAAAGUUUUCCCUGUGAAGUUUGAGACUAUUUUUCAAGUUUCAGCAUUUUUAAAACUCAGCACUGGUGUUACUUUACUCAUUGAAUUGCCCUAAGAUCCAAACAUAGGAAAUUCUAAAUUUUUGUGCCUUUAGAAGCAAAAACCCAGAGUCCAUGAGUGAUGAUGGGAGCUCCCUGGGAGCACUGAGGAUUCUUCAUUGGCAGCUCGGACCACAGAACACCUGAGCUUGUGCCAGACCGGUGCAGAACUGUGCCAGUUGCUGCAGACCUUGAAAUUGAGUCUUGUAUCUCAUGUUACAUUUCCAUACGUAUUUGUAUUUAUUUAUAUUUAUUUCUUUGAAGUCGUUUGUGUCUGUUUGGUGACAGGACUCUGCAGGCACGCAGCGCAGCUCCAGAAUCACACUCAGGGUUUAUUGUGGAGCUCCUUUCUCUUGGCACAGUUGCCUCUGAACCUCCUGAAAGCCCUUAGAAAUCCAAAAACCUUUUGGAAGGUCCUGUGCUGUGAAAUAGUUUUUUCACAAAUAAAACAAAGCUUUUCUGAGAACCAGGAAUUCUUCCCAGCCCAUCACAAAGAGUGAUCCAGGAGGAGGCUGCCAAGGUCACAGAGCAGGAUUUUGUGCGACUUGGAAGUCACUCACCAUUCUGAAUUUAUUUAUUUUUUAAUUCACACUGAAUCUGAAAACUGUUCUAUUUUAAUGAGCUAUGUCCUGCUGGAUGGGAAGGCCUCCAUUUCCAGAGAUUGAUAGCUGAGUUUUGGCUGCAUCUUUAUGCAGAAGCUGAAGUUAGAGGAACUUCUUUUACAUGCAGAGAAAGGAUAUUCAUGCAUUCAUUUACCAACUACAUGAGUAGUAAUGAACGAUAUGCAAGGCUAACUUAAUUUGCAUUUGGCCAUUUGAAUUUUCUUUGUCAGUGCUGACAGUGUUAUCGUGCAAUUAUUGUGAAACACUCCUAUUUGAAAAAUUUUCUCCCACAGUGCUGUUUACUGAGGUAAAGCACAUUGGCUUUAAUAUUUUAAUAUAUAUACAUAAUGAAUGGAAAGGGAAGAGAUGAAAAUCACUGUUGCAGUGUAUGACUUGGAGGGGAUUAAUUGAAGUGACAUUAGGUCCAAAUGGUUAUUUUGUAGAUAGGGAGGCUUUCUGUUCCAUCCUGUUCAGGGCACACGGUGAAGAAUUGAGUCCCCCAGCUGGCCCAGAGUUCUUCAUUGUGGCUGUCAUCUGAACUGGAAGAACUUAAUUUGUUUCCUUCCUGCAAAGGCAAUAUUUACCCUAUGGGUUAUGAUGUAACAGAGCCAACUGUGAAACUUCUCAUUUUCUUGUGGCAUUAGCAGGAGAAAAUAAGAAAAAAAACCUAAAAUAACAAUGCUCAGUUACAGAGUACUGAUACUAUCUCAGGCUUAUGUCAUUCUGUGAGAGGCCAGCAUUGCAGUUGCCUCAAGUAAUUUUAUUUUCCUGAUUUUUUUAGUUCCAUAAUCAUAAGAAUUUAUUUUCCUGAUGUGUUAGGUUCAUAAUUUUUCGUUUCAUAAUAAAUAAAUUUAUUUUCCUGAUGUUUUUAGUUUCAUGUCCUUCUAAGAGGACAAGUUAAAGAUCCAGCCCAGGUGUGCAGUGGCAGAGGGACAGGUCAGGGCCAGCAGUGCUUCUGGAGCAGCUCUGCAGAGCAGGGCAGCACGUGGGGAAUGACAAUGCAACCUGAAUUCUGUGCUUAAACUUCUGCUGCUGUUCUGGUGCUCAUAGAGCUGUGCCACCCCAAAACAGUUUGGUCUUUAUAGCUUAUUACAAGUGGAAAAUGUUACCAAUUUUGUGGUAUAGAUUUUGUGAUAUCCCCUCGUCCUCGAAUGGAUUGCUUUUGUGCUUCUAGGAAUUUGGGGGAAGAUAAAUUCAGGGAGCUGAUUUGUGUAUUGGCAGGUUGCUGGCUGGUUUUAUCUGUGGUUUUUUUGCAUCUUCCUACAAAGCAUCUCUGGCCAUUUAUUCACACUGUAUUGGGCUUUGAAGGCUGCAGGCCUGACU